GUGAUUUCAUGAUUACGAAUUUUCAAUGCUGUCUAGCAUCUUAUGGUCAUAGUGAGAUAUAUUUAUUUACUGCCUUCCGCACGCAAGAGCAUGCGCCGUACAGGGUAGGCCAAAGCGCUGCGAUUAAUGGCAGCCGAUAACUUUUCCAGCAUUACGAACUUAACCUCUGGGUACUCUAUCAAUCCAGCACCUUCACACCAGCGCCAUGUCACUCGCCGCCUACAGAAACUUGAUGCGUGCCGCUCGCAUCGCCUUCCAAGGCGAUACGCCCGUGCUCUCGGCAGCCCAGACACAGAUCCGCAACGAAUUCCGCCAGCGAUCGACCCUCUCCGAACCAAGCGAACUCCAGGCCGCCGUUGAUCACGCCCAGUCUGUGGCGCAGAUAUUGAGGCAGAACAUUGUGCAAGGAAAGCAGACCGAGGGCGACGAGAACAGCUACAAACUUCGGAUACACAAGGACACCGAGCGAGGCGACAACGAGAGCAUCAAAACGGCUGGGAAGGGCAAGACUGGUGGCGCCGGGUGCUGCCAAUCUCAGUAGUAGCCACCCGUGCUUGUAUAACAUGUACAACAUCACGAUACCCAUGCCAUAUCUCGGAUAGACAUA